GCGAGCGCCGGGUUCCGCCUCACGGCCGUGCGGCGGGAGCCCGCGGUGCGGCUGCAGCACGGCGCCAGCGGGCUGGAGCCGCUGGCGUGGUCCGAGGACCACCGGGUGUCGGUGAGCACGGCCCGCAGCAUCGCCGUGCUGGAGCAGCUCAGCGAUGUGCACAGCGGCGGGCAGGACAUGGUCAUCCACCGCACCGCAGUGCCCGCGCCCGCCGCCGCCUGCGUGCUCAAGGUGGGCCCCAAAAAGGAGGUGGCCGAGUGCAAGGAGAAGUUCGCCAGCUCCGCGGAUCCCACCGUGAGCCAGACGUUCAUGCUGGACCGAGUGUUCAACCCCGAGGGGAAGUCCCUGACACCCAUGAGGGGCUUCAAAUAUUCCAGCUGGUCCCCUCUGGGCUGUGACGCCAACGGGAGGUGCCUGCUGGCCGCCCUGACCAUGGACAACCGGCUGACCAUCCACGCCAACCUCAACCGGCUGCAGUGGGUGCAGCUGGUGGACCUGACCGAGCUCUACGGGGAGCGCCUGUUCGAGGCGGGCUACAAACUCUGCAAGGGCGACGCCCCCCGCGGGGAGCUGAGCGACUUCCCCGAGUUCCAGCGGCGGCACAGCAUGCAGGCCCCCGUGCGCAUGGAGUGGUCGGGCAUCUGCACCACCCAGCAGGUGAAGCACAACAACGAGUGCCGGGACGUGGGCAGCGUGCUCCUGGCCGUGCUCUUCGAGAGCGGCGGCAUCGCCGUGUGGCAGUUCCAGCUGCCCUUCCUGGGGAAGGAGUCCAUCACUUCCUGCAACACCAUCGAGUCCGGGAUAAGCUCCCCCAGCGUGCUGUCCUGGUGGGAGUACGAGCACGGCAACCGCAAGAUGAGCGGGCUGAUCGUGGGCAGCGCCUACGGCCCCGUGAAGAUCCUCCCCGUCAACCUCAAGGCGGUCAAGGGCUACUUCACGCUCAGGCAGCCCGUGGUGCUGUGGCAGGAGAUGGACCAGCUGCCCGUGCACAGCAUCAAGUGCAUCCCCCUCUACCACCCCUACCAGAAGUGCAGCUGCAGCUUGGUGGUGGCUGCGAGAGGCCCUUACGUGUUCUGGUGCCUCCUGCUGAUCUCCAAGGCGGGCCUGAACGUCCACAACUCCCACGUGACGGGGCUCCACUCGCUGCCCAUCGUGUCCAUGACGGCGGACAAGCAGAACGGCACGGUGUACACCUGCUCCAGCGACGGGAAGGUCAGGCAGCUCAUCCCCAUCUUCACGGACGUGGCCCUGAAGUUUGAGCACCAGCUGAUCAAGCUCUCGGAGGUGUUUGGCUCCGUCAGGACUCACGGAAUCGCUGUCAGCCCGUGCGGGGCGUACCUGGCGGUCAUCACCACCGAGGGCAUGGCCAACGGGCUGCACCCCGUCAGCAAGAACUACCAGGUGCAGUUUGUCACCCUCAAAACCUUCGAGGAGGCGGCUGCGCAGCUCUUGGAAUCUUCCGUCCAGAACCUUUUCCGGCAGGUGGACCUGACGGAUCUCGUGCGCUGGAAAAUUCUGAGGGAUAAGCACAUUCCCCAGUUCUUACAGGAGGCACUGGAUAAAAAGAUCGAGAGCUGUGGUUCCACUUACUUCUGGAGGUUUAAGCUGUUUCUCCUGAGGAUUUUGUACCAGUCCAUGCAGAAGGCUCCCUCAGAGGCCACGUGGAGACCUUCGCACGAGGACGCCAAAAUCCUGAUCUCGGAUUCCCCUGGGAUGGGCAGCACGGAGGAUGAUCAAGAGGAGGGAACUUCGAAACAAGCCAGCAAGCAAAGCCUGUGUGACACAGGCAAAGGUGUGGACUUAGAUGACACUGCAGAGGAUUCUCUCCAUCAGCCAAGUGACACUGCAGGGCGGGAGCCAAUGGAGGAAAAACUUCUUGAAAUCCAGGCCCAGAUUGAGGCCGUGGAAAUGCACUUGACUCGGGAACACAUGAAACGGGUGUUGGGAGAAGUUUAUCUGCACACAUGGAUUACAGAAAACACCAGCAUUCCCACCAGAGGAGUCUGUGACUUCUUAAUGUCUGAUGAUGGCUACGAUGACAGAACAGCCCGAGUGCUGAUUGGGCACAUCCUGAAGAAAAUGAACAAACAGACGUUCCCGGAGCACUGCAGUUUGUGCAAAGAGAUCCUGCCCUUCACCGACCGCAAGCAGGCCGUGUGCUCCAACGGCCACAUCUGGCUCAGGUGCUUUCUGACCUACCAGUCCUGUCAGAGUCUGGUGUACAGGAGGUGUUUGCUUCACGACAGCAUCGCACGGCACCCAACCCCCGAAGAUCCUGAAUGGAUCAAGAGGUUAUUGCAAGGACCUUGCACGUUCUGUGACUCUCCCGUGUUCUAGAGAAAAGCUCUGCAAAGACUGAAAGUGUUUUCUCUACUCCAUAAGCUCCCCUCAGCCUCGAGGGCCACAGAGCACAGGAGCACAUUCACUGCCAGAGGGAAAACAC